AUGGUGCUCGGGUACCCUACCCCCGGCGCAACUCAGAAACGCGCCAGUAAGCCCAAGGUCCGCACCGGCUGCUUUACCUGCAAGACCCGACGGGUCAAGUGUGACGAAGCAAAACCAGCCUGCGCUCGGUAUAUCUUCCCUCCGCCCGUACCUUCCUACCUUUUUGGACUGACACUUUUCGAGAUAGCGUUGGCCCCGGCACCCGGUCUGGGAUCACGGAUCGAGACUCGCGCCCUCGAGUUCUUCUUCCACAAGACUGCGCCGCAGUUGGCGGGGCUAUUCGCGGGGGGAUUCUUCCAGGGCAGCGUGUUGAAGGUGAGCCUGGUGGAGCCUGCCAUCCGCCAGGCAAUGGCGGCGAUAGGCAUUGUUCACGAACAGGCAGUCCUUGGCCGACCACACAAUCCUAAGGAACAAGGGAAGUCGAAUGAACAGGUUCGCCGGAAGCGAUUCGAUCCAUUAAACGUCCCUAUUCAGCUCUACAAUCGAUCGAUUCGCGCUAUCAUCGAUAAAGUCAUCUCAGAACCCAAUUCACUGCCACUCAUUGCCAUGAUAAACAUCCUAUUCACUUGCUUCGAAUACUUCCAGGGAAACACAGAAACAGCCGCGGCACAUAUUAGAAGCGGCAUUAGUCUCCUUCAGGAUUUUCGGGAAACACAGGGAGCCUCUGUAACGCCCUGGGGCAUCCACUACGCCUCCUUUGAGGCGCGAUUUAUGGAAAUGGAGAUUGCGCCGCUGCUUAGUGUGUUCAACAUCAACGUGGUUCCAACCGGGCUCAAAGAGCGAGCCAACCUUAUAAUGAACCCCGUCGAUGACUGCGGGCGCGUGAUUCUCGCAGAUCGCUUCCAUACACUGUACGAAGCCAGGGUGGGUCUCAUGGACCUGAUCACCUCUACCGUAUAUCACUUGAAGAGAUCAGAAAGCGCCAUUAAGAAUGACCACUACUCUGACUCGGAAACAACCACAGUAUUUGAGCAUGUCCAGUUGAGUCUCCGCCGAUGGAGAUCGAGUUUUGAUGACCUGGUCCGCCGACAAAAGGAUACGUGGAACAAAACCCAGCGGCGGGCCGCCGAUAUGAUCCGAAUCAUAUCACACAGCACUGACUACAGUGUCAAGUCCUCCCAAGUGGCCGGUGAAUGCGACUGGGACUCCAACCGCGCUAUGUUCGAAGAACUGAUCGAGCUCACCGAGUCUAUCUUAAUUGAUCGAUUCCCCGACGAAAUCUCGCGGACAUUGGCUUUAGAUUCGGGUAUGAUUUUUCAUCUGCACAUAGUGGCGUGGAAGUGUCGCUGGCCACAUAUCCGUCGCAAGGGUCUUGAUCUGCUCACGAGGAGCCCCAGGCGCGAAUGGCAGUUCGAAGCGCAGCAUUAUCACGCGAUCUUCACCAGAAUCAUGGAGAUUGAGGAGGCUCAUCUUCGUCUACCUAAGGGUCAAUCUCCAGAGGAUGAUGUGCUGCCCCCUGAGCGUGUACGGAUCCACAAUUUCACCGUGGCUACUCAGCCGGUGCAGCCCGAGAAGCUUGACGAGUCCGAGGACCCCGUGUUUGCGGUGACGUUCUGGUGCAAACCGUGGGGUCUUGAUAGUCCAUGGGGUUUGAUCACAGAGAACAUGCAGUUUAAGUCUUCGCAGCGUGGCGAUGCAGCUGUACCAGUCAAUCUGGUUUCUAACAAGCCCUGGGGUGUUCAUGGAUCUUGGCGUUGUUCUGCCGAGGACAUGCAAGCGAAUGCCCUCGACAUCAAUGCAGAGGCCAUAGAAUUCUCUACCGGUGGCUGCCUGGGCUUAUAA